GAGGUGCGCAGGACGAAGCCUCAGUGCUAGACGUGGAGAUGCCCGCUAAAUUCGUGUUCCCCAUCGUGGUCGUCUACUUGCUGGUGGCUUGCAGUCCAACGGAGGCAUGGUACAAGCAGAUGGCCGGCCCAAGCUACUACUCUGUGGGCAGGGCGUCCGGCUUGCUGUCCGGCAUCCGGAGGUCACCGUACGUCCGGAGAGCCGAGCCGGACCAGUCAGACAGCGACGAGUUGGCGACCGACAACGCGUUUCCUGAAUUCACUGCGCAAAAUUUCAUCUUGAAGACGAUGCCGGUUUGCAUCAAAGACAUUUCACCAAACCUGCAGAGCUGUGAACUCUUCCAGGAAAUCAAGGGUUCGUUCAAGUGCAAAGCGGACGUCUUCCUCACUCUGGACUCGGCAGACUGUGCAGGAGACCGAGCAGCAGAGCAGACAGAUCGGAUGGAUGACGAAGCCUUCAUCUUGAAGGCGUGACAUUUAAGAAACUGUACAUGUCUCUAAGUUUAACAUGACUAAUGCUGUACUAGAUGGAAGAUAUGUUUAUUGAUAAACCAGUUUUAAACUUUACGCUGUAAAAGUAAUGUAUUAAUGUAAAUAUUUGAUCUGAGUUUUCAUUAAUAAAUUAAUCAUAAUGCAACCCCUUGUUGAAAUUA